CCAGCGUCAUCACCAUUACCAACAUUGUCACCAUCACUAACACCAUCACCAUCCCCAAGGUCAUCAUCACCAACAUCAUCACCAUCACCAUCCCCAGCAUCAUCACCAUCCCCAGCAUCAUCACCAUCCCUGGCAUCAUCACAAUCCCUGCCAUCAUCACCAUCACCGGCAUCAUCACCAUCCCUGGCAUUAUCACCAUCACCGGCAUCAUCACCAUCACCGGCAUCAUCACUAUCACCGGCAUCAUCACCAUUAUCAUCCGCAGCAUCAUCACCAUCCCCAGCAUCAUCACCAUUACCAGCAUCCUCACCAUCCCCAGCGUCAUCACCGUCACCAGCAUUAUCACCAUCCCCAGUAUCAUCACCAUCUUCAGCCUCAUCGCCAUCUCCAUCAUCAUCACCAUCACCAGUAUCAUCACCAUCACCAUCCCCAGCAUCAUCACCAUCCUCAGCAUCAUCACCAUCCUCAGCCUCAUCACCAUCACCAGCAUCAUCACCAUCACCAUCCCCAGCAUCAUCACCAUCCUCAGCAUCAUCACCAUCCUCAGCCUCAUCACCAUCACCAGCAUCAUCACCAUCACCAUCCCCAGCAUCAUCACCAUCCUCAGCAUCAUCACCAUCCUCAGCCUCAUCACCAUCACCA